GGAUUCAAUGUGUUUGCUGCAGCCGUGUCAGAGAAUCUAACUGAGGCUUCCUUCAUCAUUCAAGAAGUGCCGCAAGCUCCUGUCCAGCAGUCCAACCAUGGUGUGGGUGCUGUGGUCUUUGGUGGUGAUGCUGAGCUUUUGCAGGGCAGAUGGGGACUCUUCACUUCAGUCAGUUGUUGGAAGUACCGCCUUUUUUGACUGCAGGUACACCCUUUCCUCUGCUGACGGGUACUACAAUAUCAAGUGGUUGAAGCUUCCAAGCACACCAGAACAUGAUAACAGGACCAUUAUUAGCUUUACUGAUGGCAAGCUGCAUACUGAUCUGUACCCACAAAUGGAGGGCAGGGUCUCCUUCACGUCUCCUGACGCCCGCAAUGGAGAUGCUUCCAUAUACAUCCACGACUUGCGUCCAUCAGACACGGGGACCUACGUGUGCAGCGUGCGAACGUCAUCUAAAAUCUUCAAGCAGAAUAUGAUGUUGACAGUCAUUGAAGAGAUGAGCAAUCCAGUGUGUAACGUGGAAGGGAAGCCGGCGGUGGGUAAGGAUGUGACACUCAAAUGCAGAUCACAAGGCACCCUGCAGCAGUACAUAUGGGAAAAGACCAGCGGAAACAAGGUGUUGCCUCCUAAAGCCAAUGUGGACACCAGAAAAGGGGACUUGCUUGUAAAGAACAUCACUGAGGAUGACUUUGGACAUUAUCUCUGCACGGUGAAAGGUCUGAAUUCCACCAAAAGCUGUCUGGUCCUACUCAAGAAUCCACUGGCACCCCCGGGUGAUGAAGUUGAAUCUACAGGUGCUCUGUCCCCAUUGGCCCCCAGCAAUGGAGAUCCAGCUACUGCAGCGGCCGUGACAACAGUAAUGCUUUUGCUGGCCAUUGUCUGUGUUGUGGUUGGUAUCUGGUACUGGCGCAGAAGAAGUCGUACGUAUGCCCCCAAUGAAAUUGAGGUGGCGGCGCAUCCUAAGUCAGAGAGAGCCAACACGCUGACUCAACCAUCAAACACGGGAAAUCUCUUCUAUGACCAGGUGGACGCUCUUUGAGGAGGACCAGGACAUGCAGCGGCAACAUCAUCCCUUUUCUGUCGUUUUUUAAUCAUUUGUCCUGUGUUGUCUAUACCGUACACUCGGGGUUUCCAACCAUGCAGGGGCUCACCAGCUGAUGAGCAGCUCACCAAAGAGUUUUCUAAGUGUUAAUUCAGACAUUAUACGUAUUUAAUGCCAAAUUACCACAAAAUAGCGUAGACUAGUGAUUUGGAUAAUGGAAAACUAGGACAAAUGUGUUUUUAAGUUUUGGAAAGCAACCAAUACUUUCAGGAUAAAUAUGCUCGCUAAUGUUGUGAGAACGUGAAAAUAGAAACGUGAAAUUUUAUGAGACUUCAACUUGGCAAACGUCAAAAGGAUUAACUCUGCAUAUGUAUGUGUCGCUUUGCUUUUUCUUUGGCUUUUUGCAGCCCUUUUGGCAACACUGAUUUCAAAAGCUGCCCGGCCGGCAGCGGCACGCCAGCCUGUUAGGGAUGACGUCACGUGCAGCAGAGUGCCCUGAUUCCGCUCAGUUUGAUGAAAAACAAGUUGGGAAAAAGACAAUACAGCCAAAACAGGACAUAAAUGUGAGUUGUGGAUACGAACAUUUUGUUUAUGUUCUGGCAAAACAAGCUUAUUCAGCAUAAAAAAUAUUGUACAUUUUUUUAAAAAGCAAAAAGAAAUGUUAUCCCUUGACUAUACUUGCAAACCUUUAAUAUAUUUUAGCACAUGUGACUUGAUGUAAGAAAACAAUGCCAGACAUGUGUUACCACCAUGGAACAUCACUGACAGCCUCCAAACCUCCUCUGGCUUCCUGCACGUCAUCAUUCCACCUGCUUGAUACUGUGCAGGAUGCUACAUUGUUUUAUUACUCGUCAUAUAUGUGAUCAAAUAAUACAUUAAAACUUAUACUGUCAUAUGCAGGUAUAGUCAAGGUUUUCAAAUGAUCCAUAAAUGUUACAAAACACAUUUCAAAAAUGUGUUAUUGCUGAUCAGA